GGGGUCCAGAUCGGGGCUGGCACCGAGUCGGUGAGGGCAACCGGGAGAGGAGCGACACUAAAGGUCCCACAAAUUAGAGCUGCAAUGAUCUGAUUGGCCUACGGAAAGCGGCAGCUGUAAGGACACUCAAACCAGAACCGAUGUUCUUCCAAAAUCUGUGCGCUGUGGAUUAAUUUUUGACGUCAUCUCCCUGAAACACGUGGACGUCGUUUCAGAUAUUUAAUUUGGAAAUUAAAACAAGCUCCGCCGAAGAGAGGUGAUCGUGGAGGGAGAACGAUGAUGAUCAUGAUUGUUGCAGGGUGGACUGCUUGAGGGGGACAUGGCAAACGGAGGCGACCAGUUCGGCCUCGCUGAGCGUCCAGACUCAAACGGCACGGAUUCUCCCAAGGAGACUAAACAAGACAAUCUCAGCAGUUACAGUUUAAAAUCACCUGCUUCACCACAGACAAAUUCCACUCAGCUGGGUAUGGAGGGAAUAAAAGUGUUUCUCCAUGACAGGGAGCUUUGGACGAGAUUUGAUGAAGUAGGAACUGAAAUGAUCAUCACCAAGGCUGGAAGACGGAUGUUCCCCAGUUAUAAAGUGAAGGUCACAGGACUCAACCCCAAAACCAAAUACAUUCUCCUCAUGGACAUUGUGCCCGGGGAUGACCACCGAUAUAAAUUUGCAGACAACAAAUGGUCUGUAACGGGUAAGGCCGAACCAGCAAUGCCAGGCAGACUCUACGUCCACCCGGACUCUCCCGCCACGGGGGCCCACUGGAGCCGCCAGCUGGUGUCUUUCCAGAAGCUCAAACUUACCAACAACCACUUGGACCCAUUUGGACACAUAAUACUGAACUCCAUGCACAAAUACCAGCCCCGCGUCCAUAUUGUCAAGGCGGACGAGAACAACGGCUUUGGCUCGAAGAACACGGCUUUCUGCACUCAUGUCUUCUCUGAGACGGCCUUCAUUGCUGUAACCUCCUACCAGAACCAUAAGAUUACUCAGUUAAAGAUAGAGAACAAUCCCUUUGCAAAGGGCUUCAGAGGGAGUGACGACAACGAGCUGCACCGCAUGGCCAAACUGCAAGGUAAGGACUACCCUGUGGUCCCACGCAGCACGGGCCGUCAGAGAGCGUGCUCCACCGAGAGUCCCUUCGGCGGGGAGGUCCGGGUCGUGAGAGGCUCACCCGAAGCGGCCACGUCGCCCUACAGCUGUGAGAACGGACUGAACAACAGCAGCAGCAGCCCGCAGACACUGCUUGGGAGUCCGUCAGCUCACUACACCUUGUCUCAUCCUCAACACGUCCAACAGACUCAACUUUACCAAUGCACCAAGAGGAAAGUGGAGGAGAACCGCUCCCCUGGAAACUGCCAGCACCCUUUCAAGAGAGCCUUCCCCGCUAGCUCACGAAGCCCGGGCGACUCCUACUAUCACGCCUCCCCCUUUGCGCCUCCCCCGGCGCCCGCCCUGUCCAGUACCCCCGGCCUAUCUCUCACAGACGCCCACUACAGCUCCGACAUGGGUCAGCGUCAGGCGUGCAUGUUCGCGGGCUCGGAGAGCAGACUUGACGACCGCGGCGGUGCAUCCUGGUCGUACCACUGCCCGCUGCCCUCCGCCAUGACCCCCGUGGAGCCCUACCCGCCUUAUAACCCGCACCCCCCCUACAGCUCGAGUCCGCAGGGCUCCCGCCUCAGCGCCGUAGCCCACCACAGCUCGCCGCCGCUGGGAGAACCCGUCACUCACGACCCUUACCAGAGGCAGAGCUCGGAAAACAUUGCAAGCAGGCAGAACAGCCCCCACCUCCACAGAGAGUAUCCUCGCUUCACCCCUAACCUGUCCCCCCCACUCUACCACACGUUAGAGACGCACACACACAUCAGGUGUGGCGUCCCUGAAUGGACCGCUGCCUCCUGAAGCACGUCAUUGUUUGUGAUUCUCCCAAAAGAUGCAAAGUAUGAUAUCACCGAUCUGUCAUUUUGUGCUGUGUGAGUUGGUCAUCCCCCCCCCCCCCCCACACACACACACACACACACACGCACACACACCCUCCCUACCCCGUCCCCCUCCCGUGUUGCUCUAAACAUUGCGUCAUUAAAAACUGGGCUCGGAAGUCCACGUUCAAGAAAAGUCCAGGCGCUGAACAAAAACAGGACAAAGAACAUCAAAGUUGUGUUUUAUUGUCUUUCUGUAACCCAAUGACUGAUGUCAACCAAAUGUUUGCACUGUGAGCCCCGUUGAAGACCAAAGCCUGAACAGAACAGGCUGUUUUUUUUUUUUCCCCCCUCCGCUGUGCGUCAUCGUGAAGGAUGUAAAUUGUGACUCGUCAGACAUUCAUGGACCAAAAUAAUCUCACGGCAGAAGCCCGAGGGCGAGCCUUUUUAUUUAAUUUUUCUUAAAAUCUCUUCAGUGGAGCAAAGCGCAGCUCCCCGCACGGUCCCCACGACACAGUGCUUGUGUGUGCGCGCGUCUGCGUAAAGGCUGUGUCAGCUCAGCUCAAGAGCGCUAUGAGCUCAUUUGCAAUGAGACAAGCAGUAGUAGCCUCGGGCGUUGCACCACGGAGAUAAACAGUUUGUUUAGAUGAAGCUACAGGCUGAGGAACCUGUGCACACUGUUCCCACCGCAUUCUGUGUAAAUGCACAUCCAAGCAUCACGGAUCUGUCGCUGUUGUCCCCUCUGUCACCCCCACCAGCUGACCAGUCAUCUCCAGGGGCCAUCAAAGGAGAUCUGGCGCCGCCCUUGUCCUGAGCUGACCACUCCAACCCAAAACAUAGUUGUUGGUUGUGUUUUUUUUUUUUUUCGGAGGGGGGCAGUCGUUCUCCUGUUUUGAAUAAGUCAUCGUCAAAUAUUGACCUUUGACUUGUGAGGGUCGUAUACAGUGCUGUAAAUGUGAUAUUUGAUCCACUCAGGUAACUAUACGUUUAGUAAUCAUCUGUUAUUUGCCAUUCCAAUUGGUCCUCGUUAGUCCCACAUUUACUGUAGUUUUAGAGGGAACCCAUUUCCUUGCACAUCUGGAUCGUGUUACUUCCUGCCUGUGCCGACUGUAAAAUGACAAUUGUGGCUCUGUGCAAAAUUGAAGCUAAAGUUGAGAUUU